GCACGAAACCCUCAGAACCCUUGCCUUUUCUCUCUGUUUCUGGUGAUUUUCUCGUGUGUUGAGGUGAUCCGCCGGCGCCCGGCAGCGUUGUGGCCGUUGUUAUUGGAGAGGCGGGAUCUGAGAAUGGGAGAGGCUAUUGUGUCUGAUCUCCUGACGGAGAUCUUGAUCCCGGUGGCGGCUGUCAUCGGGAUCGCCUUUGCCCUCUUCCAGUGGGUGCUCGUCGCCAAGGUUAAGCUCACUCCGGAGCGGCAAACGGCGCCGCCGGCGAACAAUAAGAACGGGAGCGGGGACUACCUUAUUGAGGAGGAGGAGGAGGGCUUUAAUGAGCCUAACGUCUUUGUCAAGUGCGCCGAAAUCCAGAAAGCCAUCUCUGAAGGAGCUACAUCCUUCCUGUUUACUGAAUAUCAGUAUGUGGGGAUCUUUAUGGUGGCCUUUGCUAUUUUGAUCUUUCUAUUCCUUGGCUCUGUGGAAGGAUUUAGCACAAAGGAGCAACCCUGCACAUACGUCAAGGAUAGAACUUGCAAACCGGCCCUUUUUAAUGCUAUUUUCAGCACAUUAGCCUUCUUGCUGGGUGCAAUUACCUCUGUGGUUUCUGGCUUUCUUGGGAUGAAAAUCGCAACCUUUGCAAAUGCUCGGACAACUCUCGAAGCAAGGAAAGGUGUUGGGAAAGCUUUCAUCACUGCAUUCAGAUCUGGUGCCGUGAUGGGCUUCUUACUGGCUGCAAAUGGACUUUUUGUAUUAUAUAUUUCUAUUAAUCUGUUCAAAUUGUACUAUGGUGAUGACUGGGAAGGUCUUUUUGAGGCAAUCACUGGAUAUGGACUUGGUGGAUCUUCAAUGGCUCUCUUUGGCAGAGUCGGAGGUGGUAUUUACACAAAAGCUGCGGAUGUUGGUGCUGAUCUUGUCGGUAAAGUUGAGAGGAACAUUCCAGAAGAUGACCCUAGGAACCCAGCUGUAAUUGCUGAUAAUGUUGGAGAUAACGUUGGUGAUAUUGCUGGAAUGGGUUCAGACCUUUUUGGUUCUUAUGCUGAGUCUUCCUGCGCUGCACUUGUUGUUGCUUCUAUUUCUUCCUUUGGAACAAAUCAUAACUUAACUGGGAUGUUCUACCCUCUGCUGAUUAGUUCCAUGGGAAUUAUUAUCUGUUUGAUCACCACUCUUUUUGCAACGGACUUCUUUGAGAUCAAAGCAGUUAAAGAAAUUGAGCCUGCACUUAAGAGACAACUAAUAAUCUCCACUGCUCUGAUGACCGUUGGGAUUGCAAUUGUUAGUUGGCUGGCUCUUCCAUCUUCAUUCACAAUAUUUAACUUUGGUGUCCAGAAGGAAGUGAAAAACUGGGAGUUGUUCUUUUGUGUUGCAAUUGGACUAUGGGCUGGUCUUGUGAUUGGCUUUGUUACUGAAUACUACACCAGCAAUGCAUACAGUCCUGUGCAAGAUGUUGCUGAUUCCUGCAGAACUGGGGCUGCCACAAAUGUUAUUUUCGGACUAGCUUUGGGAUACAAAUCAGUUAUAAUUCCAAUUUUCGCCAUUGCCAUCAGUAUCUUUGUCAGUUUCAGCCUUGCUGCCAUGUAUGGUAUUGCAGUUGCUGCUCUUGGCAUGCUGAGCACCAUCGCCACAGGCUUGGCUAUUGAUGCCUAUGGCCCCAUCAGUGACAAUGCUGGAGGCAUUGCUGAGAUGGCUGGUAUGAGCCACAGAAUUCGGGAAAGAACCGAUGCUCUAGAUGCGGCAGGCAACACCACUGCUGCCAUUGGAAAGGGAUUUGCCAUUGGUUCUGCAGCUUUGGUGUCCCUUGCUCUUUUUGGUGCCUUUGUCAGCCGCGCAGCCAUUGCUGCAGUUGAUGUUCUGACUCCAAAAGUCUUUAUUGGUUUGAUUGUCGGUGCUAUGCUUCCUUACUGGUUUUCUGCCAUGACCAUGAAGAGUGUUGGCAGUGCAGCUCUUAAGAUGGUCGAGGAAGUCCGAAGGCAGUUUAACACCAUUCCUGGUUUAAUGGAGGGAACUGCCAAACCUGACUAUGCAACCUGUGUGAAGAUUUCAACAGAUGCCUCUAUCAAGGAGAUGAUCCCUCCUGGUGCUCUGGUCAUGCUCACACCCCUCAUUGUCGGCACCUUCUUUGGUGUGGAAACCCUGGCCGGAGUUCUUGCUGGUUCCCUUGUCUCUGGUGUCCAGAUUGCGAUCUCUGCAUCAAACACAGGUGGUGCUUGGGACAAUGCCAAGAAAUACAUCGAGGCUGGGGCUUCAGAACAUGCUAGGAGCCUUGGCCCCAAGGGGUCUGAUCCUCACAAGGCAGCUGUAAUUGGUGACACCAUUGGAGACCCUCUCAAGGACACAUCUGGGCCAUCUCUCAAUAUCCUCAUCAAGCUAAUGGCAGUGGAGUCCCUCGUCUUUGCACCCUUCUUUGCCACUCAUGGCGGUCUCCUCUUCAAGCUCUUCUGAGUGUUUCAUUUUAUAUUCACCUCCAUUGAUGAUGUCCGCACCACCUUUGUCUUUCCUGUCUACUUCAGCUGUUAUGCUUCAUGCAAAAUUUUCCCAUUAAGUAGGUAGACGAUGAUGACAAAAUGCACUAUUACUAUUUAGUAUCCGUCAUAAUCACAUUCUUGAAAGAGUUGUACUUCUUUUCACACAUAAGUUUACUUCGGAGUCUGAAAAGUUGUUCUGUUUUGUUUGGUCCAUUAGUUUCUUUUCCUCAAGCAGGUCUCCA